AAAAGCAAGGGAGUAGGGACACGGUCCUUAGAUGAGAGAAUAGAUAAGGGAGAAAAGAGGAGGAAAGCAGAAAACUGUGGGAAGGCGGGAACAUACUUUGUUUUACUCCAUUUCUGGAAAAAAAGACUUUUACACUUUUAACGGCUUUUUACUAAAGUUGGUAAAAGAAUGGAUUAACUUCUAACUCGGUGGAAUACAACCUGCACUUGCUUCUCAAAAACAGAUGGGAGAUUUCUAUUGGAACAACGUAUAAAACAGGUUGCCUUUCUUAAUUUGGUUGAGUUGACAACAUAGGUCCUGAUUUCGUUCGAAUUCGCACAUUUCAAAUAGCCAUAAAAGGAAAAAACAAGAAGAGUAUAAACUUCUACCUGUACAAUUGCCUGAUCGACAUCAUUUGAACGGGUAACCGUAAACCUCUCUCUACCCAACUUUUUUUGUUUGAGUUUUUUUCGUGGGUCUGACAGAGCCUUCUUGGGAAGAUGAGGUGAUGAGGACAUUUUCCGCGCAAAGUUUCGAGAAGAUCAAGAGACGAGCAAAUAAUUAUAAUCGAACUGUGGGAUCACCGCGUAGAGAGACGAUGAGGACCGCCUGCGCGGGGACGCUGCUCUUCACUGUUUUCCUCCCGAUGCUGGUGAACUCGGACACUUAUUUUGGGCUGCGGUUCGUGCAGAGCCCGGAGAACGUGACGUCGUCGCUGGGGAAGCCAGUGCGGCUGCAGUGCAGACUGCAGGGGGACCUGGCGGAGAUCGACCCUCCAGACGUGGUUUGGCAGAAAGACCAGGAGCCCCUGGAUCUGGCCAACACAGACCAGAUGCAGGUCCCCAUUAGUGAGGACAGCUGGAUGAGCAUCAGCAACCUCUGGAUUGAGGAGGUCCAGCUGUCAGAUAUGGGGGCGUACCGGUGUGUGGUGGUGUUUGGAGGGCAGGAGACCGUAUCACUGGAGGGAAGCAUUCAGCUAGAAGGUCUUCCCCAUUUCUCCGUGGAGCCCCAGGACCGGUCGGUCGAAGCCAACACUAGCCUGAGUCUGCACUGUGUGGCCCAUGGGCCUCCAGAACCGGUCCGGGUCAUCUGGCUGCAGGACGGGGCUCCCCUCAACACCCUGGAGGAUCCAGUUUCCUUGUCACCUUCUACACUUCACCUCACAGGACUCAACAGAACCAGCACCUUUUCCUGUGAGGCACACAACCGCAAGGGCGUGGCCACGUCAGCCUCAGGCAUGGUGACAGUCAUCCCCUCCACACCUAAGAAGAUCCAGGCAGUUGAAGUGAGCAACUCCAGCCUACAUAUCAGCUGGCAGCCCGGCUUCGGAGGACUGUAUCCCAUCAUGCUGUGCUCUGUCCAGGCCACGCCCACACAUGAUGACCUCAGCCCAAUAACCGAUCACCUGAUCCACGAGCAGAACGUGACGGUCCCGCCUAGCAGUCACCUGAUCUCGGACCUGAAACCCUUCAGCUCCUAUCGCGUCAGAGUGGCCUGCCGCAGCAGCCAGGGCGCCUCCUCCUGGUCACCCUGGGUAACGCUGCAGACUGCUGAAGGAGUGCCUGAAGGCCCGCCCGUAAACCUGAGCACCCUGCUGAACGGGUCAGAGGUGCAGGUGAGCUGGGCUCCACCCCCUGGGAAGCUGAACGGACACCUGCAGGGAUACACUCUGGAGUACAGCACGCCCAGCCUGGAACAGGCUGUGCUGGAGGCGGGGCUCAACACAAGCCUGUCAAUCAAUUUGUCCCUCCCCCUCUCCAACAUGUCCUUCCGGGUGUGUGCCUACACGGGGGCGGGGCCAGGACCUUGGAGCCCCGCCCACACGCUGUCCCUUGUGCCAGAGACAUCAGGGCUAAAGAGCACAGAUCCUUCCUCAUCCAAAAGCUUCUCUUGGCACUGGUGGUACGUCGUCAUGGCAAUGGCCGUUGCUGUGGCUCUGGUUGUGCUAAUUGCUGUGUAUGCAGCCCGACUACGCCAGAAAGAGACUCGAUUCGGGGAGGCCUUUGAGCCCAUGAUGGAGAGCGGGGAGCUGGUGGUCAGAUACCGCGCGCGGCGUUCCUACAGUCGCCGUACCAACGAGGCCACACUGAACAGUCUGGGGAUCAGUGACGAGCUGAAACACAAGCUCCAGGACGUGAUGGUGGACAGACACAAGCUCACCCUGGGCAAGACGCUGGGAGAAGGAGAGUUUGGCUCGGUCAUGGAGGGCCUGCUGACCCAUGAUGAGUCCCAGACAGCGCUCAAAGUGGCCGUCAAGACCAUGAAGAUUGCAAUCUGCACUCGCACUGAAAUGGAGGACUUCCUGCGGGAAGCAGCCUGCAUGAAGGAGUUUGACCACACAAACGUCAUGAGACUGCUGGGUGUCUGUCUGCAGACAGUGGAGAGUGAGGGAUACCCCUCCCCUGUGGUCAUCCUGCCCUAUAUGAAGCACGGAGACCUCCACAGCUACCUGCUCUACUCCCGUCUGGGAGACUGCCCAGUGUUUCUCCCGUCACAUAUGUUGGUGAAGUUUAUGACGGACAUCGCACGCGGUAUGGAGUACCUGAGCAGUAAGAACUUCAUCCACAGGGACCUGGCAGCACGAAACUGCAUGCUCAAUGAGAACAUGACUGUGUGCGUGGCCGACUUCGGCCUGUCCAAGAAGAUCUACAACGGAGACUACUACAGACAGGGUCGCAUCUCCAAGAUGCCUGUCAAGUGGAUCGCCAUCGAGAGUCUGGCUGACAGAGUUUACACCACCAAGAGUGAUGUGUGGUCCUUCGGGGUGACGAUGUGGGAGAUCGCCACCAGGGGGCAGACGCCAUACCCCGGAGUGGAGAACAGUGAGAUCUACGACUACCUGAGACAGGGAAACCGCCUCAAACAGCCCCCUGACUGCCUGGACAGCAUUUACUCCCUGAUGCACUCCUGCUGGCUGCUGAGCCCUAAAGAGCGGCCCACAUUCGACUCGCUGCUCUGUGAGCUGGAGAAGGCCAUGGAGGAGCUGCCGGACCCUCAGGAAGCAGACGAAAUCCUGUACGUCAACAUGGAGGAGCAGGGGCCGGAACUGGGGGCUGUGGGGGGCCGGGAGCCUCCCCUGGGGGCCCCGUCCCUGCCCCCGUUCUCCCUGAAGGGCAUGGACACUGUGACCACCGUGGAGGUGCACCCCCCGGGGCGCUACAUCAUCUGCCCCCAGCACGAGCCCCCGCAGCGAGGUCUGAGUGACUCCCUGGAGAGCCUCCAUCUCACCCCCUCCUCCUCCCCCUCCUCCUCCUCCUCCUCAUUCCCCUCCACCCCCACCCUCUUCCUGCAGCCAGCCUCCUGCUCCACACCCAUCCAGAUCUCUGCCCCCAUCAUCCCUGGCCACCUGGGGGAGGCACCAGAGGACAGGGAGGGGUUGAGUAAGAGGGUCUUCUGGCAGUGACCACGCACCCACACCCACACCCACUCCCACCCCUGUCCUCACAUUGUGACGGAUGUGAUGCAGUCCACCAGUUGCCUUAAGAGGCAGGUGUCUGUCCUGUUUGGGGGGGGGGGUGACACUUUACCUGUGUGAGCACAAGAGUGGACCUGCAGAGUCCACCUGCUCACGGACACGCCCACCUGCUCACGGACACGCCCACCUGCUCAAAACCAUUCCCCAAACGCUCCUGUAACCAUGGCACUUUCUUCGUCCUGGCCUGACACUUCUGGGAAGAGACACAGACAUGCAGUACUUCUGGGGACAGAUAUAUAGAUAUAGACAUGAAUUGUACAUUGAAGAAAGGAGCAGUGACCAAAAUGAAGUUACCUGCAUAUUCAUGAGGAUUUUUUGAAAGCAUUUAAGGUGAAGCGUUUAACGUUAAGUACAAGCACAUAUUGGGAUAGUGUAUCCUGAAGUCCUGACUGAUUUUGGUUGCGAGGCUGGAAAAUCCACUAUGAUUGUACUUUCUGGUCCUGAAUUCAGGCUGAUUUGGGUUAUAAAUCUGAAACCUCCACUGGGAUCGCAAUUUUUCAUUUUGAAUCGAUUUGAUUUGUAAGGCAAUAACCUCCACUGUGAUUGUGAUUUCCGAUACUGAAUUCAGGCUAAUUCGGGUUCUAAAUGUGAGAAUUCCACUGCAAUUUUGAUUUCUGAUUCUGAAUUCAGUCUCACCUGCAUUGUAUGGCUGAAAAAUCCACUGUGAUUUUGACGUGUAGCUUGGGCUGUAUGAUGACAGGUCAAAGGUCAAACACCAGCUAGUUACAGUCAGCAGCUGUGUCCAGAAAGCUAACAUAGGUACUACUCCUAGGCCAGUUCACCCUUCUCAAAGGCAUACUAUGUAGCAUUAUUGGUAUUGUGUUUGCAAUCAAAGAAGUCUCCUCUUCUAUCUUGAACCCUACCUAUUCACCUCAGGGUACCCAAUUUUGGUAGUCUAGCUACUUAACAUACAUAGCUACAGUAGCUGAAUAACUAGAGGUAAUGUUACUUACAGGUCAGUCAGAACACAUGGAAACUCUGCAUUGCUUUUCAUCCUGAUUGUGAACCCAAGCUGUCCCAUUGUGGAAAUCCAAUUCCAAAUCCUGCAUAGUAUGCCUUCAACCCGUUUUUAUAAAGUUUUCUUACUUAGUCAGAGUAAAGCUAUAGCAUGCGUCGCACCAGGUUUACACCAGGAUGUGUGAUAUUAAUGGUGUUUUUCACAGCACACCUUUCUUCUGAGGUACCACUGAUCAGUUCCAGAGACUAGAAAUCAGUAUGGUUCGCUUUCAGAGUGGACUGUCCAAAUGUGCCGAAAAGCCAAGUUCUGUGAAGUAAUUUUUUUGUUGUUGGCGUAACUACCAGAUUCCUGACACUCAGCCAAAAACACGCGAUCACAAACUGCUUCCUUUUCUGUUUCGCCAAGGCCACUGGUCUGAAGCCGUUCGCUGCGUUCCUGUGGGUUGCCAUCGGUUACUCAUCUAUGCAUCUGUUUCAGUGGAAUAGUCGAGUGUUUUUCCAUCUGUUAUUCAUUCCAUGUUACUUCCCUACAUCCCAGUUCUGGCCCCUUUUCCCCCUGUCAAAAUAACCAUUCAUGUGCCUGAGACAAAAGAGAACUCCCAUAAGCCCUUGCUACUUUUCAACUGUUUGCUCAGGGCACAGUUGACCACAGAGCCAUUGUACAUUUGUUGCUUCUACUCAAAAAGAAUGAAAAAAUGUUUUCCCUGAAUGGCAGUCUAAAGAAGCCAGAAUGGCACCCUUGUGUUUCAGCUGUAAGCCAGCUGAAACGCAAGAUAGAAAAACGAUAAUAAUUCCUGAAAAGUCAUGUGACGGCAUCAUGAAACCUCAUGACGAAUGAAAACUUAAAACAAUGCAAACUCAGCAGGUACUGUAAUCUAAACCAUCUGUCCAGCGCAAACUUUAAUAUAACAGUGUGCCUCACCGGUGACACAUUUAUAUUUAAUAUAUUGUGUAGCACUGUGAAGAAUGGAUCGAAAACAAAGGCAUUGAAAGCCCCCCCUCCCCUGUAACUUGGGUAAUGGGCUGACCCCCUCUCAAAUCACUGCCACAUGGUCUCGCUAUCUGAGACACCCUAUUCUAACGGAGGGGUGGGAAGAAAACCAAACUGCUGAAAAACACGUGGGACAAACAGAAAAGUUGACCUUUUUCUGGAAUGGAGGGGUUUUUACAGACGAGAGCAGAGGGCUAGGAUCGAUGGCUGGGAUCAAACGGUCUCGUCAACUGACCAGCUAGCAAGCACAACGUGCCACCGCAGCUCUAGAGGCGAGUUGGACCAGAUACAGUUCAGCCAUUAAAAGAAUACAAACCGCCAUUUUGCGUUAACAGUCCUGCCACUCGCAGGCUGCUGCAGUGCCGUUUUGUAAAAUGGCUGCCAAUGCCAUCAGAUCUGGCUGAUUGUGGUCCCAUAGGCGCUGGGAGCUGUAGUAAUGUUACUAACACAGUCAAGUGAAAGACUUGAUCCAGUGGAGAGCAGGACAGAGGGAGCUGUCCAAAAGGCCCCAACAUGUUACACUUAAACAGGAGAUUGAGCUUCCAGAGAUUGGGGGUGCAAUGCUUGAAAAAGGCAUCCUUCUGUCCUCCAAUCGUCUCCUUCCCUCGUACUUCCAAAUAGGAGGAGAUGAGUAAAGGAAAGGAGAACACCUUUUUUUGUAUUCUGAUGCUCCUGGGACUCAAAGCUGCAAACCCAACUCGCAGAGACAAAGUGGUAUCGCACAGGCCUGGUCUCACUCCAGACUGCCAGUACCAGGCAGAGUGGAGUUCCUAAGCACAGUGUUAUUAUUGUGUGUGUUCUUUAUCUUGUAAACAUGAAAUGAUAUUUUUGCACUAAUAUGAAUAUACUGUAUGUUCCCUAUGUAAUUAUUACAGAGCUGUUUUCCUAUACUCUUAAUCUUGUGUUUGUUAUUUUGCAUUUUUGUGUAUUUAGGUCAUAGCUCUAUUGAAGUGUUCUGCCAUGGAAAUAUUAUGCCUGCCAUUCAUAACAAAGAACAUGCACAUUCCACAGUCAUGGACAGACUAUUGUUUAAAAUUGUUCUGGUGAAGGGAUAUCCAACCAUGGUCCUGGAGAGCCACAGAAUGAUUUGGUUCUCUCAUCAAACACUUGUGGAACAUUAUUUAAUUCAAUCUUUGAAGGUUAGGUUCAGUUAAGAACAUUCUCAUCACAUAUGUGUGAUCUUGCACCUCGCAAAAGGUUAAUUGCCAGGUAACGGUAAAAGGCAACACACACUGUGGCUCACCAGGUCCAAGGCUUAGAACCUUAUUUAUGAGGAUAAAAGGGAAAUAUGACUGUGUGGUGGUCAGCAGUUUCUGCGUUGACCCAAAGUGUUGAUUUAUUAUAAAAGUCACAUCCAUAUGUGGUUAAAACAAAAUGCAACAUCAGAGCCCUGGUUUCUCGCUCAAACCCAGCUCUUUAUCUUUCCCCUCUCCUGGAUUUACAGAAGAAGCAUUACUCUCCUGCUCCUCCAUCUUGUUUCUAGAUCAAAUUCUCAUAGAUGUAGUGUAAAUACGACGUUUAAUUACAUUUUGGGUUCUGGUCUUUGCAGUUUGAUUCUAGCUAUAAGCUGUUUAUUGAACAGAUAGACAGAAUGAGAAGAGAGAGGAGCAUGAAAAGGAAUAUUAAAGAAAUGCUGGGACAAAUGGAGGGAUGGAGGGCUGGGUUUGUGGUGUAUUGAGCAUUAACCAGUGAGUGGUCCGAUGGCCGCAUGGCAUUCGCUAUUUAACCAUUCUGUUCUUGAAUAUUUCUUGACUUUUUAUUUUACCCACCUCAUCUGACUAAGGGGGUCCCUUAAUGACUGCUCACUUAUUCUGAGCACAGUUUUCCCUGCCAAACAUUUUUUAAUUUCAGUUUUGCUUCGCAUGUUGCUGUAUUAUGAUGCACGCCAAGAUAUCUCGCUACAGCACAGAACAAGUGCAGUCAGUCUGCAGCUGUCAGUGAUAUAACUGCUACCCCUCACCAGGAAACAUCAUUACUGUUUUACCUUUCAUGCUGACAGACACACACUCAGGGCAUGGGUAAAAAUGUACAGCACAGAUUCUCUAGACUAACCAGAUGGUCAAAUAUUAACAUUGAAAGUUCAGUCUCCCUGCUCUAGAAGCAGAAACCUUCCAGUCCAAUUGAUGCAUCUUGUAUGAAAUUAAUUGAGGCUUGUGACCGGGUAAAGUGCAGUAGCAGUGCCAGUAAACAUUUGCUAUUGUAACACAAGCACAAUAAACCUGUUACCAAUCAUAAUCUCUUGUGACAAAAUAGGUAAGAUGAAAUGAAUGUACCAUAGGAGCUGACAGCUUGUCUACAGGGCUGGAGGCAAUUCAGCAAAUUCACUGAAAAAUACCCAUACUGUUCUAUGGGCAUUUUUACAAGCAAUUUAACUACAUUUGAUACAAUCAAUUGAAAUUGCUGAACCUGGUAGUCUAUGAAAUCUGAGCUCUGUUUAAGGCCAGUUUUAAAUUGAGAUUGAAAAGCAGGAAGUUCAGUUACAGGCCCUGCGCAGUGUGUGUAAAUACUCUACGGUACAUGCAGGCUGUCCCAACAGGAAGAGCAGUGUAUAUUCACCUUUCCAUGUAAACUGAGAUUCCACAGCUACAAAGCAUCUUAAGCGCGGUAUUCAACAUUGUUUCAAGUGAUCCUUAACUAAAUGAACAGUUAUUUUGUAAAGAAUUAAUUUUUUAUUUUCUUUGUAAAUAAAUUAUCAAAUUUAGUUUUCUUACUACCUGCAAUGUGUACCGUUUACACACACCAACAGGCGUAGUGACUGCACACGCAUUAAACACAUCCUAACAAAGUGCCUUCAGAAAGGUAGUACUCUGUCUUUAUUGUAAAUGAAAUGUGUCUUGCUGAAGGAUGACAGUAAUUUGUUCUUGCUGAUAUUAUUUUUGAAAUAAGACUUUUAUAAGCUUUUUGUAUCAAAUAAAUCCAUGUACAGACUUAAA